GGAAGGUCGGGUAUAGUAGUCAUUGUUUCAUCAUUUUUCAUCUUCAAUUUUUUUAAAUUUUAUUUUUACCAACACAGUCAGCUUUUCUUGUCUCAUUCAGGCGAGCUGAUAUUGUAAACCGAGGACACCUUAAGUUUUGAUGAAGACAUUGUCGCCGUGAUAGAUCAAUUGGUUUAACCUGGAAACCUAUUUUCCUUCUGCACAUCAUCGACUUUGGGCUUAUCUCCAUUUACAAGAGAACUAAAAAGAAGACUUUUCCACCGUUACAGAACAAUGAGGAAAAUAUUGGAAAUGUUGUCAGUUUUCAUUGUAAUUGUUUGCGCAGCGAAUUUGCAGUUUUGCAUUGCUUCCAUUGGAAACUCGUCUAUCAACCAAAACUACACAACCAGAACAGUGCCACCGACGAACCACCGACGAAUUAUAGUGGUGGGAUGGAUUCAUAAGCCACCAUAUCUGUAUGCAGUUCCCAAUACUACACAACCCUCUGGGAUGGGGGAAGAAAUGGCACUGAGAUUUUUACAUAGCUGUGGUGCAACAUUCGUAGAUAGUCAUCAAGCUAGCAGCGAGUUUGAAAUGAUAAACCUUCUGCGGAAAAAAAAGAUCGACGUUGCUGCUCCAAUAUUCGAACCCACGAGCGAUAGACACUAUAGCGAGUUUCAUUUUAUCAAAACAAGUGAUUAUCCGGGCACAGUAUAUAUUUCAAUCGAAAACGGAGAUGUUGUGCUUAAUGCUGUUUUGGACGCCUGGCCUCUGGUUGCCUUCAAUCUUGUUCUCGCAGCAAUUGCUGGCAUUUUUAUUUGGGCAUUGGACACAUACUGGAACCCUGAAGAAUUUAAUCGUCCAUUUCUCAAAGGCUCCUGGGACGGAUUCUGGUGGUCUUUUAUUUCCAUGACAACUGUUGGGUAUGGCGACAAAGUUCCAAAGUCAGUUGUGGCACGUAUAUUUUCCGUAAUAUGGAUUAUAUUAGGUCUCAUUAGUAUGUCAAUGAUUAUGGCUCAUAUAACCUCUACAUUGACGGCCCUCUCCUUGGAACAAGAACUAAGCUUGAAGGAUCUUAAGAUUGCAGUGUUAGACAACGGUACAGAAUAUCAGCAUGCACUUGAAGAAGAUGCAAUUCCCAAAGUGUUCGGAGAUAUUGAUGGUGCCAUCCAAGCUUUAAAAGCCCACGAGGUAGAUGGAAUAAUGUUGGACCGCUUCACUGCCUCUUUUUAUCAAAAGCAAGACAAGCUCAAAGCACUGAUCACCGUCAAGACGAUGCAAUUUCAACGCGAUAGUGGCUUCCUUGUCUCAAAAAGUAGAGCUAGCUUCGCAAAUUGUUUGGAUUACGUUCGCCCAAAUAUUUACCAGUUUGGUCUGUCACUUGCAAAUUCUUUUAAGUUGAUACCUCAAAAGCCUGAGAAAACAGCGAGUGUUUUCGAUGACCGAUUUACCAAGUUAAAACACGUGUUCCACAUAUCAUUAGGAGUUUUAUCAGCCUUACUCCUGAUUGGCAUUCUAUGGGAGUCUGUGUGUUACAAAAAAAGACAGAAGAAAUCGAAGGCAAAACAGGAUCUCGACAACCUCGGGUUUAAAGAGAAGAAAGAGAUUUUUGAAGAGCUGGAGGAAGGAAGGAGAGCCUUGCAAAGAGCUCAAGAACAGCUUGAAAAAUUACACGCUAAAUUUCAGCAAUGAUGUAGCUAUUAUAACGUGAUAUAUAAUCGUAUUUCAAUGUCAGUUCACACAAUUUUUUGUAUUCGUAUCAUGACAAGAGUCUCAAGAGUGUGAGCAUCAUGUGAGGGAGGGGGGUUUGAAUGCGAGCGUUCUCUACCCUAACGUCGUUGAUGCUAUCGUUCCACCUUACUUAAAUACCUCUUGAUAGCCGAUUUUGUUACAUUUAACCCUUUACGCCCUAACAUCAGUAUGCAUAUUCUCCGUGCUGUUCUCUUUACAUUUCCCAAGGUGCUGACAAAGAGAAUUGAUUUGACAAUCAAGAGCUUGUUUAGUUGGUGAUAAUUUCCUUUAUUACCAUGACCUUAAAGUGUGAUUCGUAGCCGAUAUUGUAAGAACAUAGAUGCUAUUCAUCAUGAUAAGCCUUAUUACAAUUAAGUAAACUCGCCAUGAUAGAUAUGUGACAAAGCAGCACGUGAUUUCCACUUUCCCCAGCAUUAACAGAAAACAAAUUAGAUAUAAGCCCAAUAAGAUAUAAGAAUGUUGGUAGCGUAACAAUAUAAAAGAAAAGUCAAUUAGGUUACCGCGAAAUC